AUAUAUAUCAGGUUGUCGGCUUGAGUUUGAUACUUCUCUUUCUCUGUACUUAAAGAAACGAAAUUUACAACAUGUCUGGACGUGGUAAGACCGGAGGAAAGGCCAGAGCAAAGGCCAAGACCCGCUCCUCUCGUGCUGGACUCCAGUUCCCCGUCGGCCGUGUCCACAGGCUGCUGAGGAAGGGCAACUACGCCGAGCGUGUCGGUGCCGGAGCUCCCGUCUACCUGGCGGCGGUGCUCGAGUACCUGACCGCUGAGAUCCUGGAGCUGGCCGGAAACGCCGCCCGCGACAACAAGAAGACCAGGAUCAUCCCCCGCCACCUGCAGCUGGCUGUCCGCAACGACGAGGAGCUCAACAAGCUGCUCGGCGGAGUCACCAUCGCUCAGGGCGGCGUGCUGCCCAACAUCCAGGCGGUGCUGCUGCCCAAGAAGACCGAGAAGCCCGCCAAGAAGUAAACGGGAACUCUCUUCUCUAAACACAACGGCUCUUUUAAGAGCCACACACUCUUUCUGAAAGAUCAAACAUCAUCCUGUUCUAAACCACAUCACACCAUUUACCAUUGCUAUUUAUUACAACACUUCAUGAGGUCAGGUUACAAACCAGGUCUGAUUGAGUAUAUCUGAGUGGAUGUAUGUUACAGGAGAUAAAACUAGAAUAGAUAUUGGAGAAAUACAUUAUGUAUUGUAGGCUGUAAAUGUUCAAUGCCAAAACAGUUCAGUACCGGUCCUUUACAAGCAACUUGUCUUAAGCUGCUAAUCAUGUAAGGUAUAGGUUUGUUUAC